GUGACGACCUUUGGCUCGCCGCGCCUCGGCGAUGGCCACUUCGUCGAGAGCUACGCGGACGCGGGACUGUCGGAGACGCGCGUGACGCACUACCGCGACUGCGUGCCCCAUCUGCCGCUCGACGACAUGUUCUGGCUCGGCUACGCGCACCUGCCCACGGAGGUCUACUACGACGAGGACAGCACCGUGGCCACGGUCUGCGACGGCUCGGGCGAGGAUGCGUCCUGCUCGGACAACUGCACGUUGUGCACGUCCGUCGCGGACCACCUCUACUACCUCAACGUGUCCCUCGGCUACUUCGCCUGUUAA